AUGGCUCUUUUCAGCUCUGCUCCGCGAGUGUUCUUCGCUGCCACGGUUCUCCGCCUGGUACUCCUAGUCUACGGAGGCUGGCAGGAUGCACACUCCGCCAUGAAAUACACCGAUAUUGACUACAUGGUGUUUACUGACGCAGCGCGGUAUGUUGCCAAGGGCGAAUCGCCUUAUACCCGUGAUACCUAUCGUUACACGCCGCUUCUGGCAUGGAUGUUGAUCCCUACCGCAUGGGAAGGACCCGCCCCUUGGUCAACAUUCGCUUUCGCCUUUGGGAAGGUUUUGUUUGCAUUGUCAGAUAUCUUGGCGGGAUGGCUUGUUUUGCAGCUCUUGACUCGCUGUUAUCAAUUUCCUGUGGAACGUGCCUUGCGUUAUGUUGCUGCUGUUUGGCUGUGGAAUCCCAUGGUUGCUAAUAUUAGCACUCGAGGGAGCUCCGAGGGACUCCUUGGUGUGCUCGUGGCCGCUCUCCUCUGGGCGACUUUGACCAGAAAGCCCAUUCUGGCUGGAUUGAUUUUAGGUCUCUCUGUGCACUUCAAAAUUUACCCAUUCAUAUAUGGCGUGUCUAUCCUUUGGUGGUGGGAUGCGGAGCGUGAUGGGACCGAGUCCACUGGUCGCGGGCUGGUGUCCAAGGCUGUAGGCUUUGUGACUAUCUCUCGGGUGAAAUUUGUUGCAGCAGCACUCGUUAGCUUCGCGUCCUUGAAUGCUGUCAUGUUCAUUCAGUAUGGACAACCAUUCUUGCAGCAUACAUUCUUCCAUCACCUCACUCGCAUUGAUCACCGCCAUAAUUUCUCCCCUUAUAGCACGUUGCUCUAUCUUUCCGCGGCCGGUGGCGCUGAAACUCACUUCGAGGCACUGGCUUUCAUUCCUCAGCUCGUGUUGGUGGUCAUUGCCCUUCCCCUUGUUUUAGCGAAGAAGAGCUUGACAACCGCUAUGCUAGCGCAGACUUUUGCGUUCGUGACUUUCAACAAAGUUUGCACAAGUCAAUACUUCCUGUGGUACCUUGUCCUUCUUCCUUUCUACCUACCUUCUUCGUCUCUUAUCCGGAAACCAGCCCUUGGGAUAUCGGCCGCGAUUUUCUGGGUUCUUGGACAAGCAAUGUGGCUACACCAAGGUUAUAACCUUGAAUUCUUGGGGCUGCCAUCGUUUGUGCCCGGCCUUUUUCUGUCUGGCCUCUUCUUCUUCUCUGUGAACGUGUGGAUCUUGGGCCUCAUCGUUCGAGAUGGAGGUGGACCAGCAGGUGAAUUCGAAGGAACGGUAAUAAAAUGCAAGGCACCUUAG